CCUGCCCUCUACUUCCCACCCACCUCGUAAAACAGGAAGACAACCUGGCCGAAACCCGUCUUGGUAGUAUGAAAACACGACAGACCAUAGACAACCUUUACUAGCAAACAUUCAAUCCGCCGAAAUACGCCGAGAGGACGUCAGAAAACGACUGCUUUGAACUGAACUCUGGCUCAUUAAAAACGACUACAACGAGUUGAGCAGGUUUCGGCUCGCUGCGUUAGCUUGGUUGCUACUUUAACACAAAUCCGGAUUGAGAUUCUUCCACAGCUGGUCAGGUUGCGCAAGUCGGUUGUAACGCCUUUUUAACAUUUCACCAUGGGGUCCAGAGCGUCCACGUUACUCCGAGAAGAGGAAAUUGAAGAAAUUAAGAAGGAGACUGGCUUCUCCCACAGUCAGAUCACUCGCCUGUACAGUCGCUUCAGCAGUCUGGAUAAAGGAGAGAACGGCACCCUCAGUCGAGAAGAUUUCCAGAGGAUACCGGAGUUGGCCAUCAAUCCGCUGGGAGACAGAAUCAUCAAUGCAUUCUUUCCUGAGGGAGAGGACCAGGUAAACUUCAGAGGCUUCAUGCGGACCUUAGCUCACUUCAGGCCGAUUGAGGACAAUGAGAAGAACAAGAACGCCAACGCCAGCGAGCCACUCAACAGCAGGACAAACAAGCUGCUCUUUGCUUUCCGUCUGUAUGACCUGGACAGAGAUGACAAAAUCUCUCGGGAUGAGCUGCUGCAGGUCUUGCGGAUGAUGGUUGGUGUAAAUAUUUCAGAUGAACAGCUUGGCAGCAUUGCUGACAGGACCAUACAGGAAGCUGACACGAAUGGAGAUAACUCCAUUUCCUUUAAUGAAUUCAUCAAGGUCUUGGAGAAGGUGGACGUGGAACAGAAAAUGAGCAUCCGGUUCCUACACUAAAAUACUAGCUUAUUUUUUCUUCCUUUUUUAAAAGAUUUUGAGUAGAGCUCUAACAUGUCAGUUGACGUCAGAACACAACCUCAUCCAGCUUGUCAGCAGGCUGCUGUGGCCCACACUACGAGUUCACGCGGUCAGACCGAGCAUUAGGUAGAUGACAUCAUAGAUCUUGAGUUUCUGCCUCUGUGCUGCUCUGUAAACAAAGGGAAAAGUUGCGUGCCUUGGGUUGUUUUAUGCAAUGUCACUUUGUAUUAUUUUCCCCAGUAAUGAACAUUAUUUAUUAGAAAACUUGUAGAGGGUCACAGUUAGUACCACUGCUGUUCCACAUUUCACAGGAAAAUAAUUCAAAUAGCACGGUACGAUUCAGCUUUUUGCUAUUGCAGUGAGUACAUUUAUUCUACUCGCGCAGUUCAAUGUUAGCACAUGUUGUGUCUUUGUCCGUAUUAAUAUGCAAUGGUUCAAAGAAUGUGAUUCCACUUUAAAACAGACAGUGUUUUUUCAUGCUCACAAGAUCUUAUGACUCCUUAUCUCUGACUGGCAGGACCUGCUCCACAGAUGUUUGUGUUUUACUCACUGAAGUGCCAUGGCUUUGGUUCCCCUUUGUAACUUAUUAUCUCAACAGUAAACCAGAACCUAUGGCCAUGUUUGUGUAUUUUUUUUUCAUAUGGGUUAACCUAGCUACUGCCAAUAGAUUGUAAUGACCCGUUUGAGUUGUUGGACUUGAACCAAAGCAAGUUUCAAAGCCAGUAACAACCUGUUGGAGCCACUGUAGAUUCAACAUGUGUAUAGUGUUACAUUUAAAUAAUUGCUUAUUCAUUUACAACUAAAAACUGUGGCUGUAAGACUGGAGAUUUCACACAAAAUGCUGUUAUCUCUCUGGCUAGUGUUUAUGUCUUCCCUUGCAUUAGUUUGCAAAAUGGAUUCACUAGGAUUCAGCUGCCACAGUGGCCUGCAUUCAAAAAUUUUCCCAGAUUGAGUCUAAUGAAGCCCUGACUAGUAGCGUCAGGCCCGGUGGUGGAAGUUGGGCUGCAGACAAGUUAGUUUGUAAACUUAAACAGCUAGGCUCAUGAUAACGUGCUGGGCUUUACUUAUCCCAUGUCUCUCUGUGGCUAGAAAAGUGUCCAUUGAUUUAUGCACUGUGCAACAUUUUUUUGGCAAUAUUUUUCCCUAUUGACAAUUCCAGAUGCUAAAGAGAAUCAAAUGCAUUAAAAAUAUAUUUUCUCUGCAGGCGAGUGUACAUGGGUUGUGCAGAUGUCCGACCCUUUUAAUCUUUAAUGUGAGUUUGUCAAAUCAUUACAAGAACACCCUCCAGCGACUGAGUGCAGGAAAUACAACUUGACCGUUUUAUUAAUCAUUAUGUGAUUAUCAAUCAGAUAUGAUUCACAUGUUAUGUGAUGUUGGUCUCGGUAUUAUCAGUGAUUCAUGAAUUUGAUUUGAAUAAAUUAAGUGCCAUGCUU